AUGACUCACGAGGUCUUUAAUAUUUCACCAGAGAGUCAUUUUCAUAUCAUAUGGUUAAAUUGCAAGAACUGUGAAAUAGAGUGCGAAGGACAGGUGACACCGGAAGUAAGGUCAAAGUUGAAAUCAAAAUUGGGACUUGAAUUUGAUUGCUGUGACGAUGUGUUCAAUUUCUAUAAUAUGUAUGCUGUGGAAGCCGGAUUCGGCAUUUGGUGCUCUACAACGAGGACGUGCACACUGACAGGAGAGGUAACAAGGAAGGAAUAUGUAUGUUGUAAACAGGGGUAUGCGUUGACAAUCCCUAUUAGUCGUAAGAGAAGACGGCGAGGUUGUACUCGAACUAGUUGCAAGGUUAAACUUGCGAUAUUGAAGGUGAAAGCCAAGAAUAAGUAUAUUGUUGUAGGAUUCAAUGAGGUACACAACCAUGACAUGACCACAGUUGAUAAAGUUCAUCUAUUGAGAUCUCACCGUAACUUAACAGAGUCUACAAAGGUCUAUAGUGCAGAUAUGAGCAAAGUUAAUAUUCCGAGAGAUGUCUAUAAUUAUCUAAGGGACGUGCAUGGAGAGGUGAUUGGCCAUAAUGCAGAGCUGCUUAAGGAGCAUUUUGUGGCUAUGCAAGAAAAGAAUGAAUCCUUUUAUUUCAAGAUGGAGGAGAUUCGGAAGGAAGGAUGGGUAAUGUUUUCUGGUCAGAUGUAA